GAAACCUUGAUAUUCCAGUACAUUUUUUUUUGUCACCUCAAUUAUUUUAUCUCAGAAUUAUCUUUCAUUUCUUUUCUUUUAUAUAAAAAAAUUAUAGUCCAAACAACGUUAAUCCUUUCUUAUCCAGUGCCUUCUUUUUCCUCGCGCAAACCCUUUCUUUCCACUUCCCAGAACAACGUUGCCACUUUCUCCGACACCAAAACAAACCACCACACUCGACUUCCAAUCACCAACCAGUGCCCACAGUUCAACUUAAAAGCCAAAAUGCAAGCAUUCACUUCCUUUAUAGCGUACCUCGUUUUCCUCGCGUCCAUAUCACACACUGUUCCACAAACUCUGGACUCCAACACCGUCCCCGCAUACCCGACCCAAACCCAGUCCCAAAUCUGCCGCCUCGACCUCUCCAACGAGCUCUUCGGCGGUGUCAACGCCGCCUGCGGUGGCGGCCCCACCCUUGACCGCAGCCGCUGCUGCCCCGUCCUCGCCGCCUGGCUCUUCGCCGCCCACGCCCGCACCGCCCUCGAAGUCUCCGCUGCAUCGUCGCCUCCCCCCUCCGGCGACCUCCCCAUGAUGCCCGCCGACGACUCCCAAAAAUGCGUCAACUCUCUCCAAGACUCGCUCCGCAACCGCAGCAUCCGAAUCCCACAGCCCAACGCCACCUGUGACGCCAUUCUCUGCUUCUGUGGCAUCAGGCUCCACCACAUAACCUCCCUGACCUGCCCCAACGCUUUCAACGUCACCACCGCGCUUCGCAACGCGUCCUCCGGCGGCACCCACAACGCCACCCCCACCGCCAUCGUUCGCAACUUGGAAAAGAAUUGCCGCAACGCUUCCUACGCUGGCUGCACCCAAUGCCUCAUCGCCCUACAAAAGAUAAAAGGGAAUAACAAGAAGGAGAGUGAGAGUGAGAGGGCGAAGAAGAUGUUUAACCGGGACUGCCAACUGAUGGCGCUGACGUGGCUUCUAGGGCGGAACAAAACGGCGUACAUACCCACUGUUUCGGCGGUGUUGCGGGCUGUGAUGUACAGUGCGCAUCCACACGAAUCGACGUGUAGUCCGGACCAGGAGAACAUGCCCUUGGCCGUUGAUUCGCUGCGAUAUGAAACGAGCAAGGGUUCAUCGUCGCCGUUGAGGUUGUUUUGGAUUGUGCUCGUGAUCGUUCUCAUUUUAUUCUGCAUGUGAUUGAAGGGUCCACUUGUUGAUUGCGAUUUGCGAGGGACGUUUCUUUGAUGCGUGCAUGCCCGGUUUGUUUCUAAUGUGUAUUCGGGGGUGUCACGUGAAGCUAUUAGACAAAAACAUGCAACCUAGUCUCUGUCUUUUCUCACUGUAAAUUUUGGACUCUAUUGAUUCACCUAUUAAUUUUUUUGUACAUCUUUGUUCUUU